UGUGUUCUCCACAAGCUCUUCAAAUUCCUUUCUCCCUCUCUACCUUACUAUAUUUAACAACUCUCUAUUACCAUUAUUUCCCUUCUCCUUCAUGGCUUCCACUAAUGGAACUUCACCUAACCACAUUGAAAUUCCCAUGCAUGCAAAUGGUGCUGCUCUUGUGGUGCAGCCAAAACCAAACCAAGUGGUUGACCAAGAGAGCAAUACUAACUACACUCAAAGGGCUCAGUGGCUCCGAGCAGCAGUGCUCGGAGCCAACGACGGACUAGUCUCAGUUGCAUCACUCAUGAUGGGUGUUGGAGCUGUUAAGCAUGACAUCACAGCCAUGGUUCUAGCAGGCUUUGCCGGCCUAGUAGCCGGAGCAUGCAGCAUGGCAAUCGGAGAGUUUGUCUCUGUGUACACUCAGUAUGACAUAGAGAAGGCUCAGAUAAAGAGAGAAGAAGAAGAAGUAGCGGAUCAUGAGAGGGAGAAGCUGCCAAAUCCAUUUCAAGCUGCAGCAGCAUCAGCAGUGGCAUUUUCUGUGGGUGGUGUGGUGCCAAUGCUAGCAGCUUUGUUCAUAAGGAACCAUAAGGUUAGAAUGGGUGUUGUUACUGUUGCUGUUAGCUUAGCAUUGUUGGUGUUUGGAAUUUUUGGAGCCAUUCUUGGUAGAACUCCUGUCACAAGAUCCUGUCUCAGGGUUCUCAUUGGAGGUUGGAUGGCUAUGGCUAUCACUUUUGGCUUCACCAAGUUGCUUGGCUCUGUUUCACUUUAGAAUUAUGUGUACCCAUUUUAUCUCCUAUAUUAAACUAAUGCAUACUUGGAAACUCAGUGCAGUCAACUUCACGUGAAAUUGAUAACUGGGAGUCGUUAGACAAAUCAUUUAACGGCUCUCAACUAUCAACUUUACAUGAAAUUAAUUGGACAUGAGUUUCCACCUUAGUCUUUUUAUAUAAAUGAGUGGGAUGUGUGUGAUAUUAUUACCCUUAAUAAGCUAUAGGUGCCUGCAUCUUUAGCCGUUUGCCAAGGUUUUUAAUUAAAGUGUUUAUUAUCACAGUGUUUUCUUGUUUC